UGGGAAAGAGCCGCGAGGAGCCGACCGCGCCGCCGCUGAAGCCUCGCCUGCAGAAGUCCCGGGAGGGAGAGAAGGAGGAGGCAGGCGGGGAGGGUGUUGCACCCCGCUCAGCGUCGGUGAUUCCGGCAGGGCUGCGCCCGGAACGGUCUUUGCCGAGAUGAAGCGCCCUUGCGAGGAGACGACCUCCGAGAGCGACAUGGACGAGACCAUCGACGUGGGGAGCGAGAACAAUUACUCCGGGCAAAGUACUAGUUCUGUGAUUAGAUCGAAUUCUCCAACAACAACAUCUCAAAUUAUGGCAAGAAAGAAAAGGAGAGGGAUUAUAGAGAAAAGGCGCCGGGAUCGGAUAAAUAACAGUUUAUCUGAGUUGAGACGACUGGUGCCAACUGCUUUUGAAAAACAAGGAUCUGCAAAGUUAGAAAAAGCUGAAAUAUUGCAAAUGACAGUGGAUCAUUUGAAGAUGCUUCAGGCAACAGGGGGUAAAGGCUACUUUGACGCCCAUGCCCUUGCCAUGGACUUCAUGAGUAUUGGAUUCCGAGAGUGCCUGACAGAAGUGGCCAGAUACCUAAGCUCUGUAGAAGGCCUGGACUCCUCAGAUCCACUACGCGUGCGCCUCGUAUCUCAUCUCAGCACUUGCGCCUCCCAGCGGGAGGCAGCCGCAAUGACAUCCUCAAUGGCCCAUCACCAUCACUCCCUUCAUCCACAUCACUGGGCAGCAGCCUUCCACCAUCUUCCUGCGGCCUUGCUCCAACCCAACGGACUCCAUGCCUCGGAGUCAACACCUUGUCGCCUCUCUACAACUUCAGAAGUGCCUCCUGCCCAUGGCUCUGCCCUCCUCACGGCCACAUUUGCCCAUGCAGAUUCUGCCCUUCGAAUGCCAUCAACUGGCAGCGUUGCCCCUUGUGUGCCACCUCUCUCCACCUCUCUCUUGUCCCUCUCAGCUACCGUCCAUGCCGCAGCUGCAGCAGCCACUGCAGCUGCACACAGCUUCCCUCUGUCCUUCGCGGGAGCAUUUCCCAUGCUCCCCCCAAAUGCAGCUGCAGCAGUGGCAGCAGCAACAGCAAUCAGCCCACCCUUAUCAGUGUCAGCCACAUCCAGUCCCCAGCAGACAAGCAGCGGAACAAACAGUAAACCUUACCGACCCUGGGGGACAGAAGUUGGAGCUUUUUAAGUUAUGCUUGAACUUCUUGCAAUUGUAAUUGAAUGUUCUUCAUUUCAGAGUCGGCUUAAAACCUCUGCACCAUGAAGGUAGCCAUACAGAUACCUACAGAUCCACAAAGGAACAAUAAAGCUAUUUGAGACACAAA